AUGGAGCUUGAGAGGUGGCUGCUAAAGAGCAAUGGACAAAUCUGCCCAAAGAUUAGCUGCACCAAGCUUGUGGCAUCAUGUUCAAGAAGACUUGCUGCCAAAGGUUGCAUCAACAAAGUACUGAGGAAAGGUGGAGACACAGUGAUUGAAAAAAACAGUUUCAACCAGGAACUGGAGGAUAUUAUCAGAACUGUUCUUGGUGAUGUGGACCGUCUGCAGCCCUUCACCAGCGCUCACUUCAUUGUCUACCCUUAUAAGACCCGCUGGGAGGGUAUCUCUGAGGUGAUGAUCAGACAUAAGGAGGAGGAGAUGAUGGCUUACCCGUUCAUUCUCACUCUGUAUCUGGAGAAAAAGACGCAGCGUGGAAAGAAACUAAAGGAAAAGAGGAAACCAGAGAAACCAGCACGGCUGCCCUUUUCAUCUGAGGUUCCACCAAAGCGCAUUAAAAGCAACUCGCCACUAGAGGGAAGCCAUACUAAAGGACUUUACUGGACGACCUGGAGGCCGAGGCCGAGCAUGCUGUGGUCGAGUCUGUGGUCUCCAACAAUACAAAUAACUCACAAUCACAUAAUCUGA